AUGGCUGGCACCGACGUCCACCACGCCCGGGGUUCGAAAUUUCCAAUCCCAAAGGGCCGGGUUUCCGGUGAUUCUGUGAGGCGAUCGCGGGCCAAAAGAAACUCCCGCUCGUCGCAGGCUGAAGCUGGAAGUGCCUGGGCAGGCAAAGAUGCAGGAAUAACGCCAUCUCAUCCUUACCUGGAUGAAUCACAAGCACCGUCUCCUUUUCCGGAGUUCGAUGACCAGCUGCAACCCGAAGCGCGCUACGAGCAAACUCCUACAUCCUCGACCAAGAUCACUCCGCGGAUGACUCCGGGUAGUUCAUGGAGCACAACACCAAACGAAACAACCGACACGCUCGAUUAUCGUGCACAGAAGGGCAAAUCGGGGAAAGCUAAAGUCAAUAUUCGACCUAUGCUUCGAAAGAUGUCUCGCGAUGAUGCACCGGCCACAUCUAUUGAUCUAUCCCGAUCUUCAACCGACCAAGAGGGCCUAGGCAUAUAUAUGAACAUGGAACGUGACCGGCGCCAGAGUGAAUCCCUCAUAGGCACGCCAUAUCGAAGGACCUCUAGCUUUCACCAUCGGUCUACAAGUGGUACAUCGCAAUAUUCAACAGGGACAGGAUCCAGCGGCGGCAAGCCAGGGUCACAAUAUGUACUCGCAAUGCGCCCCACCCCCCGUGCGAACACUCCCCCACCCAGUCAAUCGCACCCUGUAUCAGAAGACGAUAGUGAUGAUCUGAAGGACGCCAGUUCCGAUAUUGAUUCGAAACCCCAGUCUGGCACCGAAACCCCUAGGUUCGUCCGUGCCUCCUCGGGGCCAGUCCCGCGGUUAUCUUUACAGAUCGAGAACGACUCGUUCACUCGUUUACCCGGGAUCUCGCAAGUGAAUGCUAGCCGGCCAUCUUUUGGAUACUCAAGAGACACCGGAAGUACCCUUGAUACUGCAUCCCCGAUCUCUCGAAAUUCCCUAGACCAUGUCUUUCGUUCACGGACUCGAACAAGCACCGAUCCGGUCUCUCGAGCUGCCACUGUUCAAGCCGCGCGACAGGCAUUUGAGGAGAAAGAGGCCGCCAAAGCUCGUCGAUUCGAGAAGCAGCAAAUGAAAUCCGAAGCAAAGCAGGUUCGACGUCGAGUUAAGCGUAAUAUCACUGGAGAGGAAUCGUCCUCAGCGACCCAAACUGAGGAAACCCAAUCUGAAGGCAAGAUACCAGAAAACCCGAAAAAGCGUAACUCCAAGCACGCAGACACGGACCUUGCUACGCGUCCACAACCUGCGUCAUGGAAAUCACAGUCAAAAAGCACAUGGGUGCUCUUUAUGACCUGGCUUCGAACUCGGCUCUUCAAAUUCCGGCGGAAGAUGCGAAAGAGAUAG